CGCACUGGAUCUGCUGCCUGCUGCUUCAUGUCGAUGAAGCUUAGGACAGACACAACCUGCAGCUGAAUCAUUGUCGGGACUUUUUUUUUUUUGUGAACGGCAUCGUUUCCGUAUAAUGUCACCACUGAAGACGCGCAGCUGAAUGUUAAUAUCGCGGACACAGCCGGUACUGAGAGCGGAGGUGAACGCACCUUGCAUGCAGCCAUGGGAGGUCAGAUCACAAGGAAUACCUUCUACGAUUCUCUAAACGGGCCAUUUCCCGCCACAUCUCACCGAUGCCACCACAAGCCCAAACGCUGCCUGCCCAUCCAGACGUGUGGAAGUUUGUCCUCCUUCCCUCUGCUCUUCCACCCCAGCACCAAGGGCUCGCAAAUUGUCAUGGACGUAUCGCAACGCACCGUCAAGAGACAGGCCAGCUUCUGCAACGCCAUCACCUUCAGCAACAGACCAACCGCUGUGUAUGAGCAAGUUCGUCUGAAGAUCACCAAAAAGCAGUGCUGCUGGAGCGGUGCUCUGCGUCUUGGUUUUACAUCUAAAGACCCAUCGAGGAUAAAUCCAGACACCUUGCCGAAGUACGCCUGCCCCGACUUGGUCUCGCAGAGCGGCUUUUGGGCAAAAGCUCUACCAGAGGAGCUUUCCAAUGAGGGAAACGUCAUUUCCUUUUGGGUAGACAAGAAAGGCCGGGUGUUUUACCGAAUCAACGACUCUAGCCCAAUACUGUUCUUCAGCGGGGUACAUGUCUCUGAACCUCUGUGGGCUCUCAUAGACGUCUACGGCCUCACCAGGGGGGUCCAGCUGCUAGACAGCGAGAUGGUCCCUCUGGAUUGCCUGCGUCCUCGCUCUUUUGCUGCCGCCCACCGGGCAUACAUUCAGCGAAACAGCGAUGACCCUCGCCUUUCCAUCAGCCUGUGUGACCUAAGCCUACAGCAGCAAGACACACAUCUGGAAGAAGAUGAUGAGGAAGAGGAACGGCUACAUCGCUUAAGCUCCGCCUCCUGCCAUGUGCCCCAAAACUCUCAAAACUUGCAGCAGUGCUCGCUAUUGCCCAGCCACUUGGACACCGAUCUGCACUUCCACUCGGUGCAUGGCGUCCAUGUCACUGUGCUGGAUAAGCACACGGUGGCGAAGCUGGAUCACCGUGGUGACGAGAGGACCCUGGUGUUCACCAGUCGGCCGAUGAGCUGCUCAGAAACGGUGUUUGUGAAGGUGAAGGCAGGUGUGGCCCGGCCUGGGUCUCUCUCUUACGGUGUGACAUCCUGUGACCCAGCCACCCUGAGGCAAAGUGACCUCCCAUCAAACCCAGAGUCCCUGGUUGACCGCAAGGAGUUCUGGGCCAUGGGUCGGGUGGUGGUGCCGCUCCACAGUGGAGAUAUCUUGGGCUUUGUGGUGAACGCAGAAGGGGAGGUCAUGAUGAGCCAUAACGGUGUCAGUGCGGGGAUGCAGCUGUGUGUGGAUAACUCCAGACCACUCUGGAUGUUCUACGGUCUGCACGGCACCAUCACACAACUCAGGAUUUUAGGCUCAUCUCCACACCCAGACCUUCGAGGCCCUUCAGUCCCGAGCUCCCCAUCCUGUACACCCAACAACCCCACAAUACUCAGCAGCGGCAACUCCGAACCAAACCUCAACACACAAUUGAACAUCAAACUCAAUUCAAGCCUCAACUCGAGCUACUACACGGCCUUUUCCUCCUCCACAGGUACAACCCCAAGCUCUCCAUUUUCCAGCCACCCAGAGUCCCCCACCUUCCCAUCAUGCUCGGGCUCUUGGAGCGACGAAUGCACCAUUUGCUACGAGAACGUGGUGGACACAGUCCUCUACGCCUGCGGACACAUGUGUCUCUGCUACGCCUGUGGCCUCAAACUCAAGAAGAUGGCCAACGCAUGCUGCCCCAUCUGCAGGAGGACAAUCAAAGAUAUCAUCAAGACCUACCGGAGCACGUAGACUUGUGUAAGACUACGAGUCACAUUGUCAGGUUCAAGAGGUUGGUUAAGCCAUGUCAGACUUUGUAAAGAUGACAGAUGCAGCACAAGUGAAUGCCCCGUUUCUUUAGGUGUGCAAUUGGCUCAGGUACUCUACAGCAGGACUCCACCAAAAUCCACCUUUGAAACAUUUUAUCUGUCAAAUGCACAUAUUUGGAAAGCUCACACCACUGAGGUCUUAGUAAGGACCCAGCUAUGAAACUCAUCAAGCAGUGAAAAAAACUAUGUGCAACUGCAGGAUCUGCAGAUAGGGCCAUGGCCUACUCAUGUCGAGUGAAUCUGUGCUUUGUGUGAUUUGCUGAAAAGAAAGAGUUAUCUGAAGAGGCAUCUGCCCUACUUCCUGCAGACUAACGCUUCAUUCUGCUGGUGAUUGCAUCACUACUCAAAAGGUAGUCAAAUUGUCCAAACCAGCAGAAGAAAGAAUAAGAUUAAUAUGUGGUUUCACUAGCUGCUCCCCAACUGCUUGUCAGAAUGUAUAAAGUGUUAUUUAAGAGUUAUGGUGCGUUCACACCGGACGCAAAUAUUCACAUCGUUCGAGUUUCACCGCGGCUGUCAGUUGUGUACCCGCGUCAUUCAAAUACUAUGGUAGAUACCAACUACAUCAAAAUGAACAUAUUUGACCAUUUAAUAAUAAUGCCGAACUAACAACACACUGAUACUGAUUGAUGCGGCCCCCUUCAGUCGCCUCAUUCACGCCGCGGCAUCCGCUUCAUGCGGAGCGAAUUCGCGCCUCUCCGCGUCUUUACAUUGACUUUACGUAUGUAAUCGCGACACGUCCAAAAAUCAAAACGCGUCCGGUGUGUACGCACCAUAAGAAUCAAUGCUCAUUUAAAUCUUAGCAAUAUAAUCAACAUAGGUUUGAACAGAGGAAAAAUUAAGAGUUUUUCUGGUGAAAACCUAGCAGUACAUCUAAAAUAAGCCACUUUCUUGAGCUUAGAAGAUGCCUCCCCUGCAAUAAAACACAAUGAAAUGCCUAAGCCUAAAAGGGUAAAUAAAUUAAGUGUUAGUCAGAUAUCUCAGUGCUUGCUGUGCUUCUGUGAAUUUAAAACAGGGCGGGAUUCUGCGAAGUGAAAAAAGUGUGAAUGUUGUCACCAUAGAAGGUCAAGCUCACGGUGAAUGAGGAUGUAAAUCAGUGACGAGGGAGGAGAGAGGAGAGAGGAUGUUGUAUGUUUGAGACGAAGACAGGGGAGGAAGGGCCACCUUUAGCUGUGUGUCUGCUCAUCGUUUCAGUGCAAAGAAAGUGUUUGCUCUCUCAGGCACACCCCAUACAUCAGAGGUUUGUAUGAAAGCCUGUAAAAUGUGGGACUUGCAUGAGUUGCAUGUCCUGCUUCUUGGCGGCCUCGGUGAGCUAGCUGUAUGCUGCGGUAGGACAAAAGUCAUCCAAAUAAACAUUGGUGGGCAGGGAAGUAUUUUUAAAAUGCUGAACAAGCACAUACAGAUGAUGACCCCACCUCUUCAUCAUUGCAAGAAAGCCAUGAAAUCCCUCUUUAAAGUUACAGAUGGCUGUGCAUACUUCAGGUUACACACUUCUCCUUCAUAUGUAUAUUAAAAUCAAAACAUAAAUAUUUUUCAGCGAUGGUGUGUUCUUGCAAACCGAGUCAUUAAGUGAAAUAAAACACACGUGAGUGCAGUCAAUGACAAGGCUUGUUAUUGUAACAGGUUGUGAGGUUUUCAUUUGCAUAUCAGUGUCUGAGUGCUGCUCUUAGUCUGCAAAAGCAAACCCCAAGGACAAUUUCACUCAAACAAUUUCAUGCAUUAUGUACUGCUUUGAAUUGUGAAGAAAUGCAAGCUAUUUUCAGGUGUAAUUUUGGUCUUGCUGAAACUUUACUCUUUUGGUAAGUAGUAAGUGCUAUUCAGUUUUUGUUUUUCAAGGUGUUGAAGCUUUAUUUCGUUGUGGAGGGAAAUGAUAUGUUACAGCCUAUGUUGUAUGUCGUUUGAGUCACAGACAAGUUUUCUUGUGUGCCUUCAAGAAGAGAAGUCUGGACACACUUUCGGUCUGUUCGGCUCCUCACUGUAAAAACAGGACAUUUAUAUUCAAAUUAAAGUCACUCUUACAUGGUUGUAAAAUCUCUGAUGUGAGCAGGUUUCACCACAAAACAUACAAAACAAACAUUUCAGUGUGCUUAAUAUCAGUAUGUGAAUUAUUCACUGCAAUGAAAUGUCGUAUUAUCGCCUAUGUUUCCUCUGUCACUGCAUUACAUAAUACUGGAAUUUUGUCAUGCUUGAGAGAUUCUCCUUUUACGUUUCUACCUGUAUUUGUUUUACUUCCUGACCAAAUAUGACCUAGCAGAAAUAAAACAUUUGUGAAACAUUUUUGAUAGAAAAAUAGUAUUGAUAAGUGUAAUAUUAACUGUACAUUAUGAGGUUUAUUUAUUUUGUCAAUGCUACUAUACAGAAAUGAUCACUGUUGUUUUAAAUGUAUAGCUACAGUAUAAUGUCCAAAAAUAAGAAUAUUGUUUAUUUUAGUGUUGCAUAGUUAAUUACAGAAAAAGGCGUUGCUCCCUGAAAGGCUCUGUGGAUCUGUGUGAUGUUUUGGGGAAAUAGCCUAUGCUUAUUAACCUUCUGGUGAAGAAUACAAACAUUGGUGCCACUUUCAUGUGGUAUUAUGUACUACAAGGUACAUUUACUCAUGUUAGGUACAACUACCUAAAAGUUACUUGAGUAAUUCCACAUACUGCUUUUAAUUCUCCUCCCAGAAGAAAAAUACUGUAUAUUUUACUUUUUGCUUACACUAUACUACACUACACUAUAAUACUAUAACUGACAGAAGUACUUUAUCUUUUGAUACAGAUGGAGAAUAGCUGGUUAACAAAUCAUUUAGCAGCUAAAGAGCCAGAUAUUCCCUCAAGUGUUGCUGGAGACCAAAAUCAGAGUCUGAAAAUGAAGCCUAUCAUCUUUUACGCUAACUAUUUUACAGAAAGCAAAUAAGCACUCUACAAGAUGUCAACAAUUCCUUGAAUCCAUAUACAAAAUUGUGCUUUAAAAAGGGAAAUCAAAUGUUUAAAAGGUGGCAUUGGUCCUACUUGUGUAUAUUUCAAUUAUAUCUUGAAUUUGUGUUGUAGAUUAAGCAGGCAAACUACUUCCCAUACAAACAUAGUUUUCGCAGCCUGCUUGUCAAAUGUGACCAAAUUAUUUUAAGCUUAAACAAAACAAAACCAGCAAGUAAGUGAAGGAAGGCAUAAUGCAUGGUGGACAAGAUAAUCAGCUCAUAACUUUGGUUUCCUUGUCUUGGCAUUUAUAGUCAUUAGAAAAUGAUUCUUAAAGUGGUUUAAUCAUGUUCAGUUUGUUUAAUAAAGGUUUCAUUUGAA